GCACCCCAGGAAUAUUAUUCAUAUUGACAGGGGGCCCCCCCAAGAGGAGGGGCCCCCUGGGGGCCCCCCCGAGGGCCCCAAAGCAGCAGGCAGCACGUUAUCUGCUGCUGCGCGCAGCAAGCACCCCGGCCACGAUUUCGUUAGACAGUUGGCCCUUGGGGCCCCCGGGCUGUCGCUGCUGCAGCGCUCUUUGGCUCUGAACUCCAUCAUAGAGGAUUGCCACGACAUUAGACUUGCUGCAGCAGCGCUUCAAGGGGAGCUGGAGGAGUGUCCAGCGAGCCACGUUGCUGCUCGUGGACAACUGCAGCAGCAGCUGCAGCACACGCUACUACAGGCAGCUGAGCUGCUGCUGCUGCGGCACUGCUGCACUUCUUUGCCGCUGCCAAUGCCCUUCCUGCUGGACUUUUGGGCCCCAGCAAUUUGCCCCUCUGCUGCUGCGUAUGUCUCGCGGCUGCGGCAGCACUACCUGCGGCUGCAGCAGCAGCAGCAGCAGCAGGAGCAGCAGCAGCAGGAGCAGCAGGAAGAAGGGUUCCUUGGGGCGCUCCCGCCGGGCCUGAACAGCCUUGUCACAGAGGGCCGCAGCAGCACCAAGUGGCUCAUCAGCAGCGUCAGCAGCAGCAGCAAGGGCCUGCGGCUGCUGCUGCUGCUGCUGCCCAUGCUCACCGACGCCUGCACCGCUUUGCUGCUGCAGGGGCUGCUGCUGUGCCCCGAGGCCCUCCUUGAAGUCUUUGCAGGCGCGGACGCUGUCCUAGCAGCAGCAGCAGCAGGACCCUCCGCAGCAGCAGCAGCAGCAGCAACAGAAGGGGCCUCAGGGGCUCCAGCAGCAGCAGGAGCAGGAGCCCCUGCAGCAGCAGCAGCUGCUGCUGUUGCGGGGGACUGCAGCCUGCGGCUGUUCGAGGAGGUGAUGCGGUCGACAGGGACAGCAGCAGCAGCACUUGCUGCUCUGCCCAAGAACAGCCUGCUCAGUUUGCUGCUGCAGCAGCAGUCGGAGGGCCACGAGCGCAGCAGCACUUGCUGCUUCUUGCUGCUGGGGGUCCUCAGGGUGUUAAGGGCUGCGGGGCCUUCCCGCACUGCUGUCUUGUGCAGCUUCUUAGAUGUGCUCGACUGGGGCCUGCAGCAGCAGCAGCAGCAGCAGCAGGAGCAGGCCUCGCUGGUCGCCAUAGCGGCCCACAUGAGCGGAGCCUGUCUUCUUGCGCUCCUAACAAUUCACCUUCCUCGCGCUGAGGGCACUGCAAACCCUGGACAAAUGAAAGUGAUAACGCGUUUUCUGUGUCUGGUGACGGAGGCGUUGGUGUCUUUGCUGGCGAAGAACUCUAACGAAGCAACAGACCAGCAGCAGCAGCAGCUGCAGCAGCAGCAGCAGCAGCGGCUGAGGCCUCUGAUCCGCUGCCUGCUGCAGCAAGCGAGACAGUGCCCCGCAUGGGCUGCCACCAUCACCACCCAAGCCAUGAGCUGCCUGGGAGAGGCAGCAGCACGGGCCUUCUUGGCCUCUCUGGUGUCUGCAACGGAGUUUUAG